AAAAAUUCCUCCCCCCUUUCCCUUCCCCUUCCCCUUCCCCUUCCUCCUCUCCUACACGGAAAUGGAUUUUCUCCCUCUUUUCAUCACCGGAACUCUGGUCGCCGCCACCCUGUACUGGUUCUUAUUCAUCUAUGGCUCCGCCGAGCGCCAAGGGAAGCUCGCCGUCAAUCUAUCCGGCGGCUCAAUCUCGUCCGAGAAGAUUGAGGAUAAAUACAAACAGUACUGGUCCUUUUUCCGCCGCCCAGAGAAGAUUGAAACCGCUGAAAAAGUCCCUGAUUUCGUAGAUACCUUUUACAAUUUGGUGACCGACAUCUACGAGUGGGGCUGGGGUCAGUCCUUCCAUUUUGCCCGUCCCAUCCCUGGAAAGUCCGACAAAGAAGCCACACGCCUCCACGAAGAAAUGGUUGCCGACCUAGUGAAGGCCAAACCCGGAGAUCGAAUUCUGGAUGUGGGAUGCGGCGUCGGUGGCCCCAUGCGCUCCAUCGCCGCCCAUUCCAAGGCCAACGUGGUUGGAAUCACCAUUAACGACUACCAAGUCGGACGCGCUAGAUUGCACAACAAGAAAGCCGGACUGGACGCGCUCUGUGAAGUGGUGUGUGGAAACUUCCUGGAAAUGCCGUUUUCGGAGGGGACGUUCGAUGGGGCUUACGCGAUUGAAGCCACGUGUCACGCGCCGAAGCUUGAAGAUGUAUACACGGAGAUUUACAGGGUGUUGAAGCCGGGUUCGCUGUUUGUUUCCUUGGAGUGGGUUUCCACGGAUAAAUACGACACCGCCAAUCCAGAGCAUGUCAACAUCAUUGAAGAGAUUGCCAGAGGGAACGCUUUGCCUGGCGUCAAAUCCUACCAUGACGUGGCCAAGGCUGCUAAGAAAGUGGGAUUUCAGGUUUUGAAAGAGGAGGAUCUGGCCAAGCCGCCGGCGCUUCCCUGGUGGGACCGAUUGAAAAUGGGCCGACUCGCGUACUGGAGGAACCAUAUCCUCGUCACCCUUCUCGCCGCCUUCAGAAUCGCUCCCAAAGGGACUCUGGAAGUCCAUGAAAUGCUGGUGGAGGCUGCCCAUUAUUUGACACGAAGUGGCGAUGCUGGAAUCUUCUCGCCGAUGCAUUUGAUCGUGUGUAGAAAGCCGGAGUCCUCUAAAUCUUGUUAGAGUAGUCCCCCCACUGGUACGGCGCCGUUUCACAUGUCUCUUUUUAUUUCCUUUUUUCUUUAUUAUUUUUCUUGUUUUCGCCGCCGUCGUCGUCGUCGUCGUCGUCUAUAUUUUCCUUCCCAAACCCUAUUUUCAAGUUUUCGCCUUAGUUUUUAUGGGAUUGUUAUUAUUAAUUCA